GUCAAGUUAUUGAACUAAUUGACGGUGAUUCUGGCAAAGUGUCUGGUGCUUGGCUAUUUGCUAUUUUUAAAGAAAUAUCAAUGAAAUAUCCUGAUUUAAGAAUCUUCGUUAUUUCUAUUCUUGGAUUACAAUCAUCCGGAAAGUCUACUCUAUUGAAUGCUCUUUUUUCUUGCAGGUUUGCAGUAUCACCUGGCCGUUGUACUCGAGGACUUUUCAGGAGACUGUUGUUUUUAGAAAGUGAACUUCGUGAAGAGCUUAAUGUAGAUGCAAUCCUACUUAUUGAUACAGAAGGUCUUGGCGCUCCAGAGAAAGUAAAUGAAAAAGAUGCAUUGCAGAAGGAUCGACUACUGGCUACGUUUGUGAUGGGCAUUAGCAAUUUAACACUUAUCAAUGUUCUCGGAGAAUAUAUGAAUGACUUGAUAGAAAUAUUACAGAUUGCAAUUGUUGCAAUGGCACGUCUAGAAAAAGCUAAAAUUGCACCAGAUAUUUUUAUGGUGCAACACCUUACAGAAAGAAAUACAGCAAAAACAUCUUCAGGACAAAUUCAACUUUGUGAAGCUCUUCAGAAAGCUCUUAAAGUCGCAGAUCAACAUGAUACAGAACUUGGCAUUACAAAUGCAAAUUGUCUAAAAAUUCUGGAUGAGAGAAUACAGAGAGGAGAACUCCUUCAACAAUUUCGUUCAUUUAAAAAUGGAGCAAGUAUAAAUGCACCACCAUCUGAUCAAUAUCAUGAAGAUGUUACGAAAUUAUAUGAAGAAAUACUCAAG